AUGAAACGAUUUGGUCAGAAAACACAAUCAAAAGAUACCAAUGUGAAAAGGUCGAAAUUCGCCGAUGCUAGACAUAUUCAAGUAGAAUCUCCUGCGUUGAAGAAUGGUGCUGUCGAUAUAAAACGGUUUGUAGAAUCCAGGUCCUUUGAGAUUUCUGCCUUACAAGAUGCUAUGCAUCGGUCGAAACACUCAAGUGCUCAACGAGCCUUUCAAGCUCUUCCACGAUGUCUGAGAAGACGUGCGGCUUCCCACAAUAUAAAAAGAAUCCCAAAGGCCCUACGGGAUCGUGCUUAUUAUGAAAUGCAGCUAAGUUCUUCUGCAACAACCCCCGUUACCCCUUCCAAGCAACGCCUAAAGAGAUUUAUAAAACGACUUCAUAGAAAGUUAGCUCGCCACGGUAGUAGUCCUAAAAUUACAAACUCUGGACAGCUACAAACAGAGCACUCAACUGAAAAUUCUAGGAUCCCAUUACUGCCUGCAGUGAAGUUAGUAAACGGAAAAUUUGCUGGACGGCAAUUACGAAAAGUUUGGUUACCGACUCACCUUUGGACUGCCAAACGUGCCCACAUGAUGAACGCAUGGGGUUAUGCAAUACCGGAGAGUCCAACUGAAAAGUCUUAUCGACCUACCCACAGAGCUGCUUUUUGUUUGAAUGCCAUUGCAUUUGAUAUGUCUUAUCAACCAUUAUUUGCUAUUACUGGACCUCUAAGAGUUUUACAAGAAACAUUUGGAGAUUGCUUUACCACAGGACUACCUAGUGCAUACACAAAAACUUAUCGUUCGUUCAAUAGUUAUGUCAAAAAUUCACAAACAAACGAGCUUUUAUGUCCUUGUUUAUUACAAUGGCAUAAUCCUAGCGAAGAUUGCAAAACUAAAUUUCCGAUCCGCAAUAAUGGAAGUGCAGUUCAACUAGUUGUCCGACUCCAUGCUUCUGCUUUUUUAGAUGCAUGGAACCAUUUAUCAAGCAUUGCUGUUGUAGAUGAUCAAAUUGCUAUGCACGAUUGGAGAUUGCAAUUGGCUUCUUUUGACAUUUUGGGUCCUGAUGCUAAUGUAGUUCUUCAUGACAUUUUUCCAGACGUUCAAUCUUCAGAAAAAAGAACAUGGGAAUCAGUGUCUAAAUUACCUACUACUUCUCUUCCAUUUGGCGCAUCUAUCGAUUUCGAUGCCCCGUUGGUAAAUCAUGAAUCUGAAUUGAGACAAGAAGGAAACGGGAAAAAAAAAGAUAAUAAAGAAAGUAAAAGCAAUGAAGCUCCAGACAGCGAAUUUGGUUUAUUGUGGGACAAACAUGAAACACCUUCUUUUAAUGUUUUUAAUUAUGUACAACAGAAAAAAGACUUACCGCUGAACGUUCAAAAGGACUUAGUGCCUGUUUACUUAACCCAUCAACCAAAGUGGAAUGGGGUAACUGUUAUAUUACCUUGGGAGGCAGCGAAAUUUUUUUGGCAGAAAUUAAUGUUUCGGAAAGGUGUACGAUUUGGAGGACUGAAGAAUUUACAUCAAAUUGCUUUCGAAAAAAAGAUGCCUUUCUUUCCUGCUGAUUAUCCUGAUACAAAGAGUGGUCAGGCAUAUGAGGUUCAACGAAAGCAACGUAACGAGGAAUACUGGAGGAGACGGCCACCAGCAAAAAGAGUGAACUUUGAAAAUUUUGGGAAGAAUUUCUCUGAGAUUGGUGACCCAUUUAGUUGUGAUUGGGAUUGCUUCCGGGAUGAUUCACACUCCAAUACCAUAGAACGAACUGCUCAGUUCUUCAAAAGAGUUGAAGUUCGAAUGGUGCAAAGAGGUGCUUUACACGAUCGGGCUCGAGUUUAUAGUAUAGAUCACGGCAAAAUUGAUGUUUGGAAAAAACUGAUUUACGACAAAAAGAUAACAGCGGAGGCUGCUGAAUAUCCUCCUUGUCCGGAGACUGAUGCAUUAUGUGGCUUUGUGACAACUGCAAAUUUUAAUCUCACUGCUGGCAGGCCUUCAGGCAUCGCUACUAUAAAAUCUGGAGUGCUGGAUGGAGAAUCCCAAGGCUAUUGCCUUAUUCGUAAUGUGGGCUGCUCUAUCCCUCGAUUGGCUCAAUGGAAGAUAUUGCUUUAA